AGGGGAAGGGAGCAGGGGGGUGGGGGUUAAGCCCCUCUCUCUCUCUCGUUCGGCGCUGGCAAUGGCGGCCGAGUUCCACCUGAGGACCGGCAAACUGGUGGCGUUGCUGAACGGCAACCGCACGGCCAAGCGUAACAAGCCGACCGAGGAGUUCAAUCACGGGCUGGCGAUGAGCCGGGAGCCGCUGGGGGACGGGCAGCUCUUUCAGGUGCGGAUCGACAGGAAGGUGAACUCCUGGAGUGGCUCGAUUGAAAUUGGAGUGACUGCCUUGGAUCCCAGUACGUUGGAUUUCCCCAGCAGUGCCACUGGGCUGAAGGGUGGCUCCUGGAUCAUUUCGGGCUGCUCGGUGCUGCGGGAUGGGCGAUCAGUACUGGAGGAGUACGGCCAAGACCUGGACCAGCUGAGUGAGGGUGACAAAGUGGGCAUUCAGCGGACUGCGGGGGGUGAGCUGCACCUGUGGGUGAAUGGACGAGACUGUGGGGUGGCAGCCUCAGGGCUGCCCCCACGGGUUUGGGGCGUGGUUGACCUGUACGGCAAGUGCACUCAAGUGACCGUGUUGGGCUGUGACACCAUCCCUCGAAGGGAAGAAACACGCAGAGCCACCGCUGCCACUACCACCACUGAGGAAGGUAAUAGAGCAUUGUCUUUGCAUCACUUGGCAAGUUUAAAGGAGAUGUUCGAGAUCCGGAUUGACAAAUUGGUGGACAAAUGGUCUGGCUCAAUCGAAAUUGGUAUCACCAUGCACAACCCAAACAACUUGGACUACCCAGCAACAAUGACCAAUCUCCGUUCAGGAACAAUUAUGAUGAGUGGCUGUGGAAUUCUGACCAAUGGGAAGGGCACUCGAAGGGAAUAUUGUGAGUUUAGCCUGGAUGAACUGCAGGAAGGAGAUCACAUUGGACUCAUGAGGAAAUCCACUGGGGCUUUGCAUUUUUAUAUAAAUGGCAUCGAUCAAGGCGUUGCUGCAACCCAGACUCUGCCCACUAUUUAUGGAGUGGUGGAUCUCUAUGGCAUGGCAGUGAAAGUGACCAUUGUCCACAACCACAACCACUCCGACCGGCUGCGCAGGAACAACGCCAUCAUGCGGGCUCUGUCACCAGACGUUGGGCGGCGAGUAUUUGACUCUGGCGACACUGAGGUAGAGCGGCUGCUCUUCCAUCCCAACUGUGGGCAGAAGGCAGCGAUCGUGUGUGAUGGGAGGACAGCACUGAGGCCCCACGCGACGGAUGACUUCAACCACGGUGUGGUACUCAGCAACCGUUCCCUCAGGAGCAACGAAAUCUUCCAAGUCCGUAUUGACAAGAUGGUGGACAAAUGGGCGGGAUCCAUUGAGAUUGGCGUGACCACCCACAAUCCUGCUUAUCUCCAGUUACCAUCAACCAUGACCAAUCUACGUUCUGGUACUUGGAUGAUGACUGGUAAUGGUGUGAUGCAUAACGGGACCACAAUUCUUGAUGAGUACGGACACAAUCUUGAUCGACUGAAGGCGGGAGACACGGUUGGUGUUAUGCGCAAGGAUGAUGGAAGUUUGCAUUUCUUUGUGAACAACGUAGACCAGGGUCUUGCAGCAUCUAAUGUACCAUCCAGUGUUUAUGCCGUGGUGGAUCUGUACGGCCAAGCUGCUCAAGCCACUAUCAUCGAUGAUAUAGAUCUGCCACCUCUGCCCGAUGAGCCUUUGGAUGGCAACAACCAGGUCUCUCCCUGCAGCCUCUUUUCACUGACCCCCAGCAAUGACCUCCGCUUCCAUCAUCUCCAUGGCAACAAUGCUGUGAUCACUAAUGGUGGCCGCACUGCUUUUCGGCAGAACUGCCGCAGCGAGUUCAAUGAUGCCAUUGUCAUGUCUAACAGAGCAUUGAGAGAAGGAGAGAUGUUUGAAAUAUUGAUUCAGAAAAUGGUAGACCGGUGGUCUGGAUCCAUCGAGGCAGGAGUUACAGCAAUCCGUCCGGAUGACCUCGAGUUUCCCAGCACUAUGACGGAUAUAGACUAUGACACUUGGAUGCUGAGUGGCACAGCUAUCAUGCAAGAUGGGAACACGAUGCGCAACAAUUAUGGCUGUGAUCUGGACUCAUUAACCACUGGCUCACGAAUUGGGAUGAUGCGCAGCUUGAAUGGUGACCUCCAUUACUACAUCAACGGGGUGGAUCAGGGCGUGGCGUGCCUGGGCCUACCACCAGAGCUUUACGCUGUGGUUGAUCUGUACGGACAGUGCGUCCAAGUAUCUAUUACCAGUGGCUCACCACCCAUGGACAACAGCCUAUCACUGAGCAAUGCCACCGAGAAAUCCUUCCCAAUACAUUCCCCAGUUCCAGGAAUCGCGCACCGCUUCCACUCCAACUGCGGGAAGAAUGUGGCAUUGCAGAAUGACGGGUGUCGAGCUGUUCGGAUCCACGGCUUUUCCCAUGGGGUCGUUCUGAGCAUGAAGGAGUUGAGGUCUGAUGAGCUCUUCGAGGUUAAGAUCGAUGAGAUUGAUGAACAGUGGUCUGGUUCACUGCACAUUGGGUUGACCACUCUUCAGCCUUUGGAUGUCUCCUGUCCCUCCUCCGGGCUUCCAUCUUCAUUGCUGGAUCUGAGGUCAAAGGUCAGCUGGCUGGUCAGUGGCUCCGAGGUCAGGCGCAACGGAACGCUGCAGAAGCAGAACUACGGUUUCUCGAUGGAGCGGCUGACGGUUGGCAACCGCGUUGGAGUGAAGCGUGCCAGUGAUGAUACCAUGCACAUCUUCAUUGAUGGAGAGGACAUGGGCGUGGCAGCAGCAGGCAUUGCUAAGAAUGUUUAUGCAGUGGUUGACCUGUACGGUAAAGUUGUGUCGGUGUCCAUUGUGAGUUCCAGUGCAAUGGAGGAGGCAGAGAGUACAAAACCACCCUCAAUAUCCUCGGACAGUGGCAGUGAGGAUGAAGAAGAGCUGAGCCCUUGUGAGAAUGAAACGUCGGUCUUCAUGGCCACUGUUGAGUUCAUGGAGAAUCAUGGCAGAAACAUCUUGUUGUCCAACAAUGGCCACACUGCCACCCGAGUGGCCAGCUACAACCAAGGCGUGGUGGCAUCUGCCCAGCCGUUACCCCGGCAACUGCUGUUUCAGAUUCAGAUUGAUCGUUUAAAUUCACAGUGGACAUCUUCACUCUCACUGGGUGUGAUUGGAAACUCUCCCGAACGGUUUAAUUUCCCAGGCACUGCUUCGUCGAUCAAGCGCUCCGCAUGGCUGAUCCAGCGAGAUUCUGUUUUUCACAAUUCAUUAAAAAUUUGUGACAAUUAUGGUCCCAACUUGGAUACGUGCCCAGAGGGAACCAUUCUUGGACUCCUGGUAGAUAAUGCACACAGUAUGCACCUGUUUGUUAAUGGAAUGGACCAAGGUGUAGCUGCUCAAGACAUUCCCAAUCCGUGUUUUGUUGUGAUUGACCUGUAUGGCCAGUGCGAACAGGUUACCAUAGUGACCAAUGACAUCAUGACUAUAGGAGGUGAUAGUGGCCAUUUACGCUGCCAAGGCGAUGUGGAAAAAGCUGAUGUGGUUGAUGGUAUUAAGGAGAAUUUGUGCUGGACACCACCGCCUGAAGUGAAUCCCAUGAAAACAUGUGAAUAUCAAGCACUUUGUGCAAGGUUCAAGGAACUCCUUCCAUUGCCAGAUGGUUACUUCGAUGAGGAGGUGAAGUGUAACCUGUGCUACUGUGAAUCCUGCCACAAAUUGCGUGGAGAUGAAGCCUACUACAAGCGGGGCGACCCACCAAAGGACUACGCCCUCCCAUUCGGAUGGUGCAGGUUCGCACUCAGGCUGAAUCCACGCUGCGAAGUUGCUAAUGUCUACAAGAAGUGGCACACAGCGUAUCAUGGAACAUGUGUGGGUUCCCUGCGACGAACCUUGGACCAUGGGGAGCUGGUAUCUGCAGGGAGCUCCUCGAUUUUCUGUACCAGUGAGACUAAAGUUGAGCUCCAGAAUGGAUAUAACGAUCCCGAGGAGAACAGUAUUCAGGAGAAAGACGUUGUGAAAGUCAGCCUGUCUCCAACAAUGCGAUAUGUCGGUCUUGACCGGUUCUGUCCUAAAAUACGGUUCAAGGACCUGAAAUCCCAACGACAUCACCAUGCUCAAGUGGCCUUCCAAGUGUGCGUGCGGCCAGGGUCGUAUAAGGUGGGGCCACAGUCCGUGGGAGCCAGCGAGUCGAUUGAUCCCAGGUUCAGCAACAAUGAAAUCGAGUGGAUCACCAAGGAGAGGGCCUCAACGGUCCUUUACGGCCUGUUAAUCCGUGUGGAAUGAAGGAUUUCCCAUCCAAUCUGCCAGCCCCUCUGAAACUCUGGUGGGGAAGAGAGAGAGAGAGACUGCGAGCAUGGAGCAAGCCCAAGGGGAACGAGGGGGAGGGAAUGAUCCCACUUUGGUGCUACAGCAACAGCGAUGUAUUGGGUGGGUGAGGGGUGGUAAGAGAGCACAGAGUUGGGACACAUUUGCACAGUUUUACACAACUUGCUGUCACACCAGUGGAAUACUGCACUAUUGACUCUUAUGUUCAAAAGAGAGGAAAAAAAAACACAAAAAAACCUCAAACUAAAAUGUUCAGUUGAGUUUAAUCUUGCAUUUUGGGGAGGGGAAUGUUUUUGUUAGUGAUGGGUGUGAGCCCUAUUUCCACUGAAGUGAACAGUUUUAUAGAUUUUUCUUUGUUUUCAAAAGAAGUUUUCUUUUAAAUCCUUGGACAGUAGAAACGUGAGAACUGGGCUGCACACAGCCAGAAGCCUGAUUCAUAACUAGAAUAUAGAGCAUCUGACACUGGAUAUUUCCUCUCCUUGGGAGUUGAGAUUGGAAAGACAGGGGGACAGGGGGCACACAAAGGUGAAAGUGCCCCCAUCAGGUGGGCAUGUGUGCAAAUACUGUAGGGACGUUUUAAGGCAGCGAGAUCUUCUUCUGAAAUCCUGUGCACGUGAUUGCAUGUCAACUGUGGCGAUAUUUACAGACUUGUAUAGUGUGUGAACUGCUGGGGCAGGGAAGGACAGGCACGGCUGUGUGUUUGUCAGUCAGCGGGCUUGGAAGGGGCAAAGGUUAUUUAGAUCUUCUAGAUCUGUCCAAUCUCAGGAUGAAAGAGAAAGGCAGCAUGAGGGCAAAGGUUGGCCUUGCUCAGUUGGCCCAGUCACUGCCCCAAGCAAUUGCCUAAGACUCGAGCGUGAUGCAGCUCAAACUUGCCUUCACCCUCUGAGCCACAGCCUCUGCACUGCGGACUGGCAUUGUGACCACUGUUGGGUUUUUUUGUAUAAAAUGGACUCCACUGCUAAUUAUAGAAUCUCUUCAGUGCAGAAGCAGGCUUUUGAGCCCAUGGAGUCCACACUGACCCUCUGAAGACCCAGCCCCCUACUCUAUCCCUGUAACUCUGCAUUUCCCAUGGCUUACCUACCUAGCCUGCACAUCCCUGGACACGAUGGGCAAUUUAGCAUGGCCAGUCCAUUUAACCUACACACCUUUGGACCGUCUAUUGGCUGCCUGUUAUCACCUCUCUGCCAUUUCAUCUUUAAUGUAAAGCUGCCAUUUAAUAUCCGGUGGGAAUGGAAGGGAAUACAAUCUGAUUGAAUGGCUAGCAGCUACUGGGAGUAGACUGCAGCUGAAGAAGCAGGGAUAAACUGAGAAGGUCCUAUUGCUGCAAUGUGAACUGGUGGAGGCUACAGCUAACUGAGAGCAUCACCCGGAUUUGUUUGACAGCUUUGUGUAUUUUGCACUGGAAGGUGUUUUAUUUUGCCAACACAGACCUUGUUGCAAACAAAGCAGACUGCUUUAAAAUGUUAACCGAAAAUGCACGUGUGUAUGUUGUAACUUGUUCAUGUGACACACAGGAGGCUGGAACAGAAGGGAUUGGCAGUGAGGUUGGAGUCGCUCCUGGACUGUGUGUACCCCUCACCCUGUUCAGACAUACUCCAGACAAUCACUUAUGCUGCUUUUGUUUAACCCUCCACUGUCUAAUGUCAGACGAAAUGCAAAGUCACUCCGAUCAUAUACCACCUCAAGGCAGGUGGCUGAUUUAUUCUUUCAAGGGCAAUUUGUCGAGAAUUUUGUGUAAUGAAUAAUGCUGACUGGAAGCAGUUUUCAGAGUGAGAGUGGCAGUUUUAAUAGAGAUGAUAAGUGUCUAUUGAUGUUUAAACUAAAGUAGUAUAACCCUGUCAGAAGAAUAUAAGACUUGCAGUCUGGAAACUUUUUAAUAUUUAUGUGAGAUUCUUUUUCCCCCACCUCCUUUUCCUUCAUCCAACUUGCCCUUCCCUGGCAAGGUGUGUUACAAACCAGAAGCACACACCUUCCUAUUAAAGUCAUUUAAUCAUGUCCCCUUCUUUGGACUGGGGGAAGAGAGGAGGAAGCUGUUGCGGGUAGAAUACUCCAUUGGAUGAUAAGAUGCUUACCAAAAAAAAACAAAAGUGCUGAAGAGCCUCAGCAGGUCUGACAGCAUCUGUGGAGAAAGGCAGCGAGCUCACUUUUCAAGUUGAGUUUAACUUCAGAAGAGUUGUCAUCAUGGAAUCGAGAACUCUUUCUCCGCAGAUAUUGCCAGAUUGCCCAAUUUUCUCCAGCAAUUUUUCAGAAUUCCAGUAUCCUCAGUACUUUAAUUUUUAUCAUAGUGGGUAUUCCUGUAUUUCUCCACCCUCUUUCAUUACUGAUGAGAGUCUGUUUUUAAAAACAAGGGGACGAGUGAUUUUCGGUGGACAGUCAUGUUACGUAUUCAUAAAAGGUUAUCUCAGAAAAAGUGUGGUGCUGUUCAAGGGUCUGCUUUUUGAGUGUAAACACUGGAAACCAUGUUCGAGACUUGAGAAUGGCACAGGGAGUCUCCACUGCAUGGAGGGCAGUGGUUCCAGGAGGGCUUCUACCCUCAAACCUCACCAUCUUCUGCAACGGAGAAAAGGACAUGCCCUUUCCAACAUUGUCCGCAUCCAAAAAAACUAGCCUAGGAUUUCCUCGAUCUUGAAUACACAAAUGUUUCCAGAAACUUUGCCGCCUCAACUGUUCACAAGUAUUUAAACACAUAGAAAACAAGCAUGGACCAUUCAGCCCCUUGACAUUUCCAUUUCCCAUUUGAUUAUUUUCAUCUUAGUUCCUAUCUGCACCCUUGCUGUAAUUCGAGACAAAAACAAGUAUUGGUAAAAGGGGUUCAAAGUUUGUGUAAAGAUUUGUAGCUCGGGCGCCGUGGUUUUGGGGAUGUUCGCUGAGCUGGGAAGUUGAUUUGCAGGAGUUUUGUCUCCUGU